UCAUUGUUCUGAAUGUUUUAGCUUAUACUAAUUCUGUUUCCUGUUAGUAGUAUCAGAUGGAUCUUACUCUGAAGAAUCAAGCUAUCGUAAACUAUCACUUAAAGAAAUUUACUCUGCGACUGACAAUCUCAGUAUGUCUAACUUCAUAGGUCAAGGCAUAGCUGGAAAAGUAUACAAAGGAAUUUUGGCAGAUAGACAACAUGUAGCAAUUAAGCACAUAAUCAAGGAUGAACAGAUGGAAACAUUUGUUAGAGAAGUUACAAGCCUCUCACAUAUCAAACAUCCGAACCUUGUAUCCUUGCUAGGCCACUAUGAUGGACCAAAUGAGUGUUUUCUAGUUUAUGAGCUAUGCUACAAUGGAAAUCUUUCUGAAUGGCUUUUUGGUAAAAGUAAAUAUCUUUCGUGGAGACGAAGACUAGAAAUUGCACUUGAUUGUGCCCGCGGUCUCCUGUUUCUCCACUCGUAUCCUCAAGGCUCCAUCGUUCACCGGGAUAUCAAGCCAGCAAACAUUCUUCUAUCUGCCAGCUUUGAAGCCAAACUCUCAGACUUUGGUUUGUCCAAAAUUAUUAGCAUUGGCCACUCUUAUGCUAGCUCAGAAGUGAGAGGAACCUUUGGUUAUGUUGAUCCUGAGUACCAAAAGAACCGACACGUUAAUUCUUAUGGUGAUGUCUAUAGCUUUGGGAUAGUGCUGCUACAACUAUUAUCUGGACAAAGGGUUAUCAACUUGGAUUUGCAGAAUCCAAUGCCUCUAAGUAAAAUGGCGAAAAACUUGACUAAAGGUGGGAACAUCAAAGAAUUUGCUGAUCCCAAAAUGCAGGGGAAAUUCUCAAUGGAGGCUUUUGAACUUGUACUUAAGCUAGCUUUGGUUAGCAUAGGGCUUAAGCAGCAACGGCCAUCCAUGGAACAGGUGGUUGUUAAACUCGAAGAGGCUCUUGAUUUAUCAACAAGAAUUGAGUCAGACCAUCUUUAGUGCAUAUACACUUUAUCUGGUUAAGUCCAGAUUGAAUCUGAUGAACAUAAUAGCUUACGUACAAUUCACUUUUAUUUAAAAGCCUACCCAAGAUCAAAGGCGAAUCAAGCUUUUAU